AUUCCUUUCUAGCCCGGACUAGACCAAAAGACGACAGCAAUAAAUGUGCGGGAGCUGUAAAAAGAGAGACAAGGUAAGAGAAGAAAAACUAGAAUAAGAAAAGAAGAAACUAAGAACAAAAAAACAAUAGAGAAAGGAGCGAAAAAUCAAUUUAAGAUAUUCAUUUAAAGAGAAAGAAGAAAGGCUGUGAAAGCUCGAAUAAAUAUUUUACUAUUUAAGUUGUCAACAAUAAUAUAAAGUAUACGUUUAUUAAAUGGGCAAAGCUUAAAAUAGACUUGUAAGGAAACCAACGAAGCCAGAAAGGAAACAAUCGAAUAAUGCGUUUCUUAUUCCUUCUCCUCUCCAUUCUGCUAGCGAAGGUUGAUUAUUCGUUGAGCACUUGUCCAAAACCAUGCGUUUGCAUCCGCCGGAGGGCCUUCUGCGAUCAAACUCAGAUCAAAGCAAUGCCAUCCAACUUACCUAAAUAUCUUACAUAUAUUAACCUGGCUAAAAAUUAUCUUAGACGUUUAAACUGGCGUCGUAUGCGACGACUCAGCAAUUUAAAACACAUCGUAGCCGAUUCCAACAAAAUCUUCACUCUCGAUAACCGUAUUUUCAAAGCUUGUCCUAAUCUGACGUCUUUAUCGAUAGCCGAUAAUAGGUUGGCAAAGAUUAUGGAUAAUGAUACUUUUUCCGGUUUGGGGCGUCUAAGAGCUUUAAAUAUGGCGGAUAAUCGAUUAACGGAUUUGAAAGCAGUUUUACGGGAUUUGGAAAAUUUAUUGUAUUUUUCUGCCGCUGGAAAUCGCUUAACAUCGUUAAGUAGCGAGGAAUUUGUUGGGAAUCCAAAUUUGAAAGGAAAUUAGACGCUUUACGAUUUAUUUUCCUAAAAGAGUAGCUUAGAAAAGUUUUUCAAAUAUAUACAACUAGCAAGGUUGAAGUAACUUAUUUAAAAGCGUCCAAUUUCCUUUUAUCAGUGAUCAACCUCGAAGAAAACGAAAUAAACUAUAUUGCUCCCGACGCCUUUUUAUGUUUAAGGGAUCUAAGAAGGUUGAACUUGCGAAAGAAUCUGUUAAAUUCAAUUUUAAACUUGAACUUUGCACCCUCAGUGAGUUUAAAGGUUUUAGACCUCUCUUCCUCUUCCAUUCAACAAUUAAACUUAUCAAGCGAAUCUGAAAUAUCUUUUCUAAAUGUUCGUUUAAAUGACAACAAUCUAACAUCAUUAACAAUCUUCUCAAGAAACUCUCCAAAACUACUUAACAUUAACAGAAAUAGAUUACAGAAAAUAUCCAAGGAGCUAUUGCAGAUCGAAUUGGAGAGUCUGUACGCAAAAAAGAAUCGGAUUAGCGAAAUCCAGUCACAAUCCUUUGAUGCUGCACGUAAUUUACGUCUUCUGGAUUUAUCGGAUAAUCAAAUUUCGGCCUUACGGACAGGCACGUUCCAAUAUCUGAAAAACUUACAAAUUCUCGAUCUGUCGUUGAAUCCAAUAUCUUCUUUACAAUCCAUUGGAUCAUUACCAAACUUGAGAAUUUUGCACAUGAAUUCCAUCCAAAACAUUAGUCAGAGUAAUGAUAAACUUUGCAGUAUUGGGGUUACAAACUAAAAAAAAAUCAACUGGGGUAAACUAAAGCUAAAAUAAAUAUUUGAACUGCAAAGUAAUCAGUACUCUUUACAUAAUUCUUGAUUGCAGUUAAUGAAUUUAUAUUGGAUUUGAAUGCUAGUAAAUUGCUCAUCUUAAGUUUAUCGAAUUCUUCAACAUUAGCUGAAAUCUUAUUAAAAAAUAUUUCAGUACUCUCCAAAUGGACAAACAUUCAAGAAAUGAACUUGAGCUAUAACGGAUUGCGUAAUUUACCGGCUGAACUCUUGGACACACUGCCUAAUCUCGGUCUUAUUGACGUAACUCAUAAUAAUUGGUAUUGUGAUGUGAAUAUUCGGCCAUUGGUUGAGUGGCUAAAGAUUGAGAAGAUAAAAUUUCCUUCUCCACACAGUCUUUCAUGUUCUAGUCCAAAAAGUUUAAUGAGGACAAAUUUAAUUCAAUUAGAAAUUAACAAGUUAAUACCAAGUUUAAACGAUGCCUCAAAUUCUACAUCACCAUUUAAUGUAAAUGAUAAAAUAUAGGUUCAAAUCUAAGGAAAGCUACAAAAAAGAAAUGCUUAAAGGGAAGAUCGAAUUUGAAGAAAAAAGAAACGAAAGAAAAAUAACGCUCUUUAAAGUCGUCUAAUUUUUAUUAAAUCAAUAUUUUCUCGUUUUAUUUAAAUAAAAGAGAAAAGUGAAAAACAAAAGAAUAAAAGAGAAAUUAUGAUAAAAAAACAGAAAAAAAGGGAAAAUGACAAAAAGGAGAAAAGAAAAAAAAAUGACCGGAAGAUAGAAAGAAGGGAAAAAAGAAAAUUUGGAUAUUUUUAAAUACAUAAUUCCAUUAAUUAUGAAUAAAUUUUAAUACUUUUUUUAAACUUUAUAUUCUAAUGUUUGUCAGUCAAAAUGUCCCAAAAAAAGCAAGAAAAUUGAUAUAGACAGUAUUUGUCAAGUUUUAUUGAAAUGUUCUAAGUUUAUAUUAUAUAUAUAUAUUACCUAUUUACUAUAACAUAUUCGUAUAUUUUCAUGUUACGUAAUCCUACACUGAAACAAAAGAUGUAUUUUUUCUUUUUUGUUAUCGAUGAGAAGGAAAAAAAAGAGUGUUUAAAGAUAAAUAGUGGCUUUACUGAGUAGAGUAAAUAAGCAAGUUUCGAUUAGACCGGUAAUUACAGCUGUUGAAACGAUUUGGGAUAAAAUUAUAAGCAAUCUCAUGUUGCCGAAUUACUUCGAGAAAGUCUUUGAUCCGAUUUUUACGUCACUAAGGAGUUGCCUAAUGCUUAACUUGUGUCUAAUUCUUCGAAUUUCAUAAAAGAAAUACUCAAUAGUAGAAUAGGAAACGACAGUUAGACGGACAAGUAGACAGGGAAAGAUGGAUAGGAAGAAAAAAAAGCGGAAUGAAAAGGAGAGAAAGGGGGAGGCGAGUUAAUGAGAGUGAUGAGGAGAAUGAAGGAUCGAAAUAAUAUAACCAUAGAAAAAAUUAAAGCGUUAGAAGAUAGAGGAAAAAGAAUGGGAAGAGGAAGAGGAAGAGAAUUUAAGCUUUCAAAUAAAAAAAAUCAAUAUUCGACAAGGUUAAAACUUGAUAAAAUAAAGUCGAAGUCAUGUCUUGAAUUUCCCUAAAGUCAUAGCAAUGGGGGGAGCGAGAUACUGACUGUUCUUCUUUCCAAUUACUAUAAUGAGGACGAGACGUUACAGAGUUUGGAGAUGCUUUAUCCGACAGCAAUGUCAAAGUACACAAUGUUGCAAAGAUAGAAGGAAAAAGUCAAAAGCUUCCAGCUACUCUCAAUCGAAUCUAGUCUCAAACAGACUUCUGAAUUGGACUGUAGAUUGAAAUUGAGACGAAAAGUAGGCGAAUGAAUUUGAAACAAGGAACACCUUCUCUAAUAGAAAAAAAAUGGUCGAUCGAUAGAAACGCAUUUGUAGAACGCUUUGAUGCUCCGAUCUUCCUGUUAAUCCCAUGUAAAUAGGCAGAGUGGAAAAUAACGUUUUUCUCAUGCUUGUGGGGCAGGGGGAUCCUUUCUUUAGGGGAUGAUAAAUUGAAAAUGAAGCUGCUUUAGUUGUAGUUAAAAGUAGCACAAAAGUUGGUCAUUAACAAAAUAUUUCUAUGAGCUUUUGUAGUUUUUUUUUAUAAAGAAAGAAAAGUAAACUUUUUCCAUUAAACAAAACAAGGAUUGAUCAUAUAAUUUGCAUCAGAGUUAAUAGUCAGAUUUCAAGAAGAAACUUAUCACUUUGAUGGUCCCAAGUCAUAAAAAUCAAUAUCAAAUAGUUACAUUUACAAGCUUUUUGAAGUCAACUAGCUUGUUAAUCUGGUGUAAAGAUAGACCGAGUGUAAAAACGUUCCCUGAUACACACAGUUCGAAGGCUUUUUUUAUUAUCAUUUCUUGCCUUUUUCCGGCUUUUUAGGCCUCUCCACCAAGAGAAGAGAAUGUAUUGACAGAAGGAAUUAUAACAAAAGGUCAAAGUUAUUAGAAAUUUCCGGUAGAGAGUAUGCAAUAUUGGAAAAAGAAAUGAUCCAGUGAAAAACCAUACCAUAACGGCUUCCAUUACCCGUUUCGCUUUUAUAAGCAGAUCUAAUUAUUACUAGGCGAGCAACUAGUACACUCUCUAUUAAUAAACGUUCUACGUGUUAUAGGCGAAUUUACAAUAGAAAAUAAUAGCUACUAUAAUACUGUAUGCUUUAUUUUACGCAUACAUACGACAGAAAAUACUCAAAAAGUUUAAUUAACCGAAUAUUACCUCGCCUAACUAUCUUUUCUUCUAUGCUUUACUUAUCUUUCCAACAAUUCACCCUACUUUUCGC